ACGGAUUUGGUCCUAAAUGUUUUGAUGCAAUGUGGGGCAGUUUCACAUGAAAACAAAUUAUAUCAACUACCUCACUCGUUCGACGACACACUAUUAGAUGGCCUUAUCGACAGUAUUGAUCUCAAUAGUAAGUUUCGCUAUGAUUUUCAUAUACACUCGUAUCUAUCAUUAGCUCGCUACCAACGGCCUCCUUUAGAAACAGGCGUAAUGGUUACCUUUAUCACACCCGUUCAACAGACCCAAAUGGGGCCGUUAACGUUCGUGGAUGUUGCCCCUUUUUCAUUCGCGGAGAUGUUUUUGUAG